AUGUCAGACAGGAGCUCAAGUGACUCCGAUGUGGAGCUUAUUGACCUCACAGAAGAUGAUAAUUCUCAUCCAGACAUUGAUGGGCAUUUCAAUGAUGCCCCUGACCAGGAGGAGAUCUACCUUGGGCUAGAUAUUCAUGGGGAGUCGAUUUCACAUAUCAUAUAUCGACCUGGUGGCCCUAUGGACGUCGACAAUGAAGAGGAAAGCAGUGACGAAGACCAACAUACUCCUGAAGUCGAAGGAAGCCUUUUCUUUGGCGAUGACGACGAUGAAAUCAGCAAUAGCGAUGGCGAUGACGGUGGACACAGAGGACCUCCAUCCCCACCAUCAUCCGAUGACCCGGGGAGCGAAUCUGACGGGUCCGAAGAUACCGACAGGUCAGAAGAUACCGACAAUCAUCAUAACGACGACGAUGAGGAGGAUGGCGACGAUGAUCAGAGCCAGACAGCUCAACACAACUCAGGGGCUUCUAACAGAGGAAGUCCUGGCGGCGAUGAUUCUGGUGAUGGCAGUUCUGACGACGAAGCAGACCCAGAUGACGAGGAUGUCGACGAUAAUCCUAUCAAUCGUGACGAUGAAGAAGGCAACGUGGAGCACGGACAUAAAAACCCGGAUGCUGAUUUACCUCAGGUCCUAGAAGAAGAAAGUGUCGAAUGGCCAGAAUGGAAUGGCGACUGUAUCGAUACAUGCCAGCCGCCCUGGAACAGUCUUGCUCGCAAAUUCGCAGAUUACCGGAAUCGAUUCCUCAAAAAGAGAGAAGAUUUGAGAGAGUGCAAGAGGGUCAACAAGCGCCGGGUCACCGACCGGAAUCGUCAAAUCAGGAGCCUAAACGAACUGGUGGACAUAAUGAAAGAAGCAGUGAGACAGUUCUAUGCGGCCAAUGACGUAAACAUUCAGCAGAAUGAGAGACUUGUGUCAGAGAACCAGGAACUCCGACGUCUUGUGCCCGAAGAAGAAUUGGAGGAUUUCCCUGACCCUAUUCAGCUGAACAAUGGGGAUAUGGAGGCAUCUCUGCCCGAGGAGAAGCUAGAGAGACUGCCGCCAGAUGUCCGAAUGUAUUUUCGAGAGUGGCGAGGCGCACCAGCAAAGGCCCGAAAGACAGAACGUUCGUGGCCAAAGGUCUACACCCGUUGGAUCAGACAUGGUCAUCAUCCUGACUAUGAUAACUGGGGAGAUAUUCACAAGCUCGCUUGCCAGGAAGAGAAUAUGCCUUCAGUUUUCGGGAAGUCUACGCCACUCAGAACACACCCGGAUCUUACUCUGUGUGCACCGCCUCCUCAACAAGAAGAGAGUGUUAUUACAGGAGAGGGUGAGGUUUGUACUCCUGAGCCAUACGACCGAUGCGAACGGGCACAAAGCCAAGAAGAUACCGGCCCGUUCAACUUCGACAUCCUUCCAACCAAAGAUCGACAGAAGAUAAUCACCAAAAUUCUUCGGUAUGCUCUUAUUUUUGAUGGGAAUAUCAUUCACGCCAUCUCUCGUUUGGAUCCAUUCUUCGAGCCGGCCUCCCCUAACCGGAACUGCAACGGUAAAAUAUCGCUAAUGCAUCGCUUCCACAUUGGGCGGCAGAGAGUUUCUCUCACAUUCGGAACAAUUCAUCCUCAGAAACUCCUUGCACCUCUUCUGCACAUCGAGCUGUUGUGGAUGGGCUCACAGAAGCUCACGUACAUGAUUGACCAAAAGGGCAAGUACGUAUCUCGUCGAACUCAUGAUCUCGCCUAUCUGCCCGAGGCCUGUCGACUGAAGACGGUUGCUAUUCAUCUGCCCGAGUCCUCCAGGGAGUAUAUGCGACGUAAGCAUGAGCCGCCUCAGAUCAUUCAGUUCUUGGCACAAAAGACGAGGAGCCAGCCUAACUUCCGCCGCUUCCGUGCGUUGCGUACGUUGCAGGGUGUUGAUUAUCUAUACUGCCUUCGUGGAGUUCGGGAAAUGGCCUUCUCCGACUACGACGAAUCGCGACGACAGCCCCCGAAAAUGCCAGUUCGUGACUGGACCUUUGUCCGUGACAUCAACGAGUCUGUACGCAGGGAAAAGUCUGCAAAUGACGAACACUUCUCCCAGCUUCGGUACCUAGCUCCAUUGUUGAUCCAGCCUUCCGUCGAACUCGCUAGGCAACUUGAGGACAUCGUCAACCCGCCUCAGCGAUUAGGUCUCAUGUCACCACCUCCUGAUAUGUAUCCCCAGCUGCAGGCCGCUUUGGAUCAGGCUGAUAAUUCUGAGGAUGAAUCUGAUGGGGAUGCCAGCGGCGGAGAUUCUGAUGAAGAGAUGGGGGGCGACACUGACGAUGAUAGCAGUGACAGUGAUGACGAUGAUGGCGGCGGCACAGAUGCGCGCUUCAAUUAUCAGCAUCUUGCUGCGGAUGAUCACGGUCGUGAGCGAGAUGAGAGCCCGGCCGAUCUCGAUGAGCUGGCAGCAGGACUGUCCGAUAUAUUAUCUGAUGAUCAGUCUGAUUCCAACUCUGAACAAGAGAAGAAGGAAGAGGUAUGGUCAGUUAAUGGGCAGACGAUCGACUUAAUAAGCGACGAUGAGGACGGUGAUGGACCCCAGUAUGGAAGAGACCGGUCCACCUCUCUAUUCGUUCGAAGCCCCCCACGGGCAAAUCGACCUGUGUUCACCACCAAGGUCGAAACACCAUCUCCUCCAAGGGCAACCCCUUCAGCUCUCGCUGACCAGGCUGAAAUAACGCCGGCGAGGGAGAACCGCGCUGAUAGUAGCUUGUUUGUGAGCCCUACCCCCUAUGAGGAUCUGAACCCUCAAGCAGGAGAUCGCUCAUCGCCAAUUGACCUCACUGAAGGUAUGGGGGUGUCAUUCUCUUCUCGUACCCCAUCCCCACACUCAGGCACGAGCUCGAGCUCGAGCUCAAGCAGCUGUUCUUCAGGGAUCAAGCGAGAAUGGGGUUUGAUCAGCGUGGAUGACGAUGAUGAGAAUGACGGUGACGAUGAGGAUGAAGGCUUCCAAUUCUUAGGAAGUUUUCCCAAGCGGCCACGCCGUCCUGACGGUGGUGAUGAUGACGACGGUGCUGAAAUGAUGGACCUGGAGGAGGGGCCUCGGGAGGAGCGUCAGGAGGAGUUUGUUAUGGCUUAG